AUGAUCACCCUACUCAUAAUUCACCGUUUGAUUCCACGUUUUGAUGAUCGCGGUAGAAUUGAGGAGAUUAUUUGUUUAAUAGACUUAAAGCAACUCAUAUUGGAGACGAACAUGUGGCGCAAUCUGAAAAGAUCUUCGUUCCCUGAGAAUGGUCCUAACUAA